ACAUUAUGAUCUGCAAAAGUUUUAGCUUCAGUUAGAUAUUGAGUGUGCAACAAUGAAUUAUUACAAUUUGCUGUUUUUAAAAUUAUUAUUUUUUUGUCUCAUAAAAGAAUAUCAUGCAGAUACGUCAAAUGGUAGUAGGCAUGAUAUUAACACACAAGAGACUGGAAAACAGGAUAAUUCCACUGUCAGUAUAGAGAAGAUUACUAUCAAAGUAUACUAUGAGACUCAUUGUCCGGCCAGCGUGACUUUCUUUACGGCGCAACUCCAGCCAGUCGUAAAGAAAUUAGGCUCAUACUUGGAUGUGCAUUUGAUUCCAUAUGGACAUGCCACGACUCGUGAAGUACUCGGGAGAUACUUGUUCAAAUGUCAACAUGGACCAAAGGAGUGUAAUGGUAAUAAGUUACACGCAUGUGCAGUAGACGCACUGCAAAACAACACUAAGGCAGUUGUGUUCAAUAGCUGUCUUAUGCAGUUUUCUAGACAUACAUAUGAAACUGAUACCGCUUUUGUAUUAAUCAAGUGUGGGAAAAAUUUAAAUUUGUCAGUUAAUGGCAUAUGGAGGUGCAUGGAUAGCGAACGCUCGUCUCGUCUACUGAAAAGCUAUGGGGAUGAAACUCAUUCACUAAGGCUGCGCUACGUACCUUACAUACUAAUGGACUAUUCUACAACUGGUCAAUUCGAAUUAGUUGAUGAUCUCAUGACCACAGUAUGCCGAAUUCUACAGCCAACGCCACCGUCUUGCAUUAUAUUUUAGCUGUACCUAAACAAAA